AUGAACACCAGAAACUGGAAUGAUACAUUCUGGCUCACCCACGAUACUCUCUACUCCAACGGCGUGCCGAGGAACCACCCGAUCCUGCUGCAGACUGUCCGUCGCUUUCACGUCGACGCCCUCACUCAUGUCAGCUCAAAGAGCCACCGGUGCCGCGGGCCUGUGGAAUUGACUGACAACACAAGCCCAAAGAACCAGUGGUUUCUGGUGAUUGAGGGGGAAACUAUGCAGGCGUGCCUGAGCAUGCAGCCGUGCGAGAAUGUCAGGACGGGCGGGUGCGGGAUUCUGACGCUGCAAAUCAUGGACUGCUACGAGUCCACGCCUCUGGACCUCCUGCACCGACAGACGUACUACUGCCACCGGGAGAGCCUGACAGCCAAGGCGGUCCUUGAAACGCUCUUCUUCAAUGGUUGGCACAAGUACGAAAUGAUGCCAUUGGAGUCGGGUUUUCUGUGCGGACGGCGAUACCACAUGUUGGCCAUGCUUUAUGACCUCCAAGACACAGCUUGGAUAGGGCAUAGAAGCCUUCAGGACAUGGAAAUAUUCGACUUUCUCGAGCGCGAGUACGUCCCUGGUCAGUGGACCGCCGACAACAGAAGACAACUGCUGAGCAGGGCCUUUCCGAUCAGAGCUGGGCGAUUUCGACCGGACGUGGGCAUGACCGGCUGCGCGUGGGUCGAGGGAUGA